GAGCCAUUGAUCGCUCAUCAAAUGGCCGUGUACACAGCUCCUGGGAGAAGAAAACAUGCCGCUACAUCUCGGCCGCCUCCGCCAGUGUCCAUGCUGAUAACGUCCCACAGCUACCAUAGCUAAAUUGUAUAACUAUCGCCCGCGUAUCCCUCCUCACUGACCUUAUCUCUCCUCCCUCCAGUCCCAGACACUCCCUCUACUCCUCGUGCUUCUUACGAAAGCUUCCUAAGCUUCCUUCGUGCUGUCUCAGUCGCUCUCUGACCUCCUACUCACCAAAAGACAGCAACUUUCGUGUGCUUUCAUCUACGUUAUCCUCGCAUUGAUACCAGCAGCAUCAUGUCCCAGCUUGGUUACGCACGCUACGGCAAGGACAAUGUCCGCCUCUACAAGGUCGAGAAGGACGCAAAGACGGGCGUCCACACCGUCAUAGAGCAGACCGUCCGCAUUCUCCUCGAGGGAGACAUCGAGACCUCCUACACCAAAGCCGACAACUCGGUCGUCGUCGCGACGGACACGCAAAAGCAAACCACCUACAUCCUCGCAAAGCAGCACCCGAUCAGCCCUCCGGAGCAAUUCGCCGCCGUCCUCGGCGACCACUUCAUCAACACGUACCCGCACAUCCACGCCGCGCACGUCAAGAUCAUCCAGCACCGCUGGACGCGCCUCUCCGUCGACGGCAAGCCGCACCCGCACUCCUUCUACCGCGACGGCGAGGAGAUCCGCGUCGUCGAGUCCGUGACCAGGGAGGGCGAGGGCGUCUCCAUCCGCUCGAAGAUCGAGAAGCUGCUCGUGCUGAAGAGCACGGGGUCUGCGUUCCACGGGUUUCACCGCGACGAGUACACGCGCCUCCCCGAGACCUGGGACCGCAUCCUCAGCACGGAGAUCGAGGCGGGAUGGCAGUGGAAAUUGUUCAAGAGCCUCGAGGAGGUGAAGAAGGUGGAUUUCAAUGCCGCGUGGCAGGCUGCUAGGGAUAUUACCCUGGACAUCUUCGCGAAGGACGAUAGUGCCAGCGUCCAGGCGACUAUGUACAAGAUGUGCGACGAGAUCCUCGCUGCGGUGCCGUUGGUCGAGGCGGUCGAUUACGCGCUGCCUAACAAGCAUUACUUCGAGAUUGACCUGAGCUGGCACAAAGGCCUCAAAAACACAGGCAAAGACGCCACGGUCUUCGCCCCGCAAUCGGACCCCAACGGCCUCAUCCAAUGCACAGUCGUCCGCAAGGGCCCUAAAUCUAAGCUAUAAACACCUUCUCGUACCACUAGAAAAGAGAAACAACGACCAGACCGCGUUACGACGAAUUAUUCUUCCUUCUAUUAUGUCAUAAGACGACGAUGACGACGAUUUCUUCUUAUCUUGUUGUUUUUAACAUAUAAACGAAGCGAUUAUAUAUCCCAUGCUGUGAAGACGUAGUUUGCUGAUAUAAAUAUAACCCUUUUUUUUGAACCUUGGAUCUCGGGAAUGUGAAUAUUCGUUUAUGCGGUACUGUGUCAUCCGUAGCGCAUGUUGGGAUAUCUGUGAUUGAUUUGCCGUGCGUGUUCAAUUGUUUGGCUUUAAGCGACGGUAGUAUAGUAUAUAUCGUAUGAGAAAC